AUGUGUAUAAAAUUCUUCAAAAGAAAACCUAUCGAUGAAGAGACCGAUGAUUUCGACCACAUCCGCCACGAGCUACCAGGUCUUCCCUCCGCUGCGCCGUCUCGCAGAUUAACUCGUCGCAAAACUGCCAAAUCGACAAGAACCUCCAAGAUCAACCGAACCGAUCGCCUCACAAGUAUCUUCAGAAAAACACCGAUCGACAAUGAACAAAGACCUAGUGGCCGCUGGUCACAGAUUUCUAACCGACCUUCGUAUCUUUCCACCGCCGAACUGGACGAUAACCUCUCAGACGAUUUUAUAUCUUCAACACUUUCCAAUUGUAAACCUGGACUGCGAGAUUCUCAAGCUCAACAAUUAUUUGAAUAG